GUGUAGCAAAACGCAAUAGGGAGGGACGAACGUACGCGGACUUUACAACAGUUCCAAAAGUUAAAGCAAGACGCAACAACCACCACCCUCUGCUUCUUGAUUCAUGGCUCCAACAACAGCGCAGAUAGUUCCUCUGGUGAAUGGGACGACAGGUGUCCCAGCUGGUGAUGGGAACUCAGGGUCACUUGCUUUUGUGCUGGUGCCAAUCUUCUUUAUAAUGGGCCUUUUGGGAGUCUUGAUCUGUCACAUUCUGAAAAAGAAGGGAUACCGCUGCACCACCGAUGCUGAAAAAGACAUUGAAGAAGAAAUAAAAGUAGAGGAAAAGACAGAGAUGAAUGAUACCUUUAGUGAGUGCAAUGCUGAUACUGUUGGACAAAUUGUGCAUUACAUCAUGAAAAAUGAAGCUAACUCGGAAGCUUUAAAGGCUAUGUUACAGGAUAGCAAUACUGACCCUGACAGUCCUACAACUCCAUACAGUCCAGGUAUCCAAAGUAUUCCAGUUACCCCAGACACAGCGUUGACACCUAGACCAGGUUCCACCCCUUCUAAGCACACCUGUCAAAGCAACCACCUGCACACAAUCAGUGGGGUGGCUGAGAUGAACGUCUGCUCUCGCUGUAACCACAAGAAAUGGCCUUUGAUGCGGCAAGGCAGCAAGUCAAGAGAAUUAAAGAGAAAUCGCCAUGGAGAGGUCACUGUGCUCUCUGUCGGGAGGUUCCGAGUAACAAAGACAGAGAACAGAUCCAAUCCAAAGGAACAAAAGAGUCUGAUUUCCGAUCCACAGGAUGAAAAAUUAGGUUCAAAUGGGGAAGUCCCUGCUACCCCUACGCAAGAGGAAUCAAAGAGCAGAACCGUCUCAGAGUCACAGGAACAAAGUCAUACUGACCUGUGAUGCAGUUUUUAAGUUCCUGGUGGUGGUGUUGCUGUGUCAUUAUUUGUCACUCCACGCAAACAUUGUAAAGCAUAUAUACUUAUUUUCCACACCUGUUGUAACAAGAAAGCAAAUGACGUCAGUUGUUCACGGGUGCCACAACAGAUAUUUUUUACUGUCAAUGUUAUUAUUCUUUUGCCUCCUUUGUGUCUGUCAAAAUACUUGUAUUGCUAGUUUGCCUUUUUUCUGUGUCUUCUCUUCAAGUAUCCCAGCCCUCCCCUACCUGUUGUAAAUCAUUUUGGUUUUAACAAAUUCAUCAAUUUAAUGCUGUAAUGUAUGCAAAUCUAUAGGUAAAAUCAUGGUCCCUUGCCAGUCACAGCCUGCUUUCCAAAUGACUUUCCAGAAUGUAGCUCGCUUUACUUGCUUUGGUCCUUUCACUAGUUUUUCAGGCAACAACUAAAACAGGUAAAGCAAUUAAAUUAAGGGUGGUAUUCAGAGUGUAAUCUGAGGCAAAAACCUCAUGUCUGGAAUGUAAAGUACUCGUGGAACAUGAACAAAACUGGAAAACCGCACCAGAAACCUUUGCAAAUAUUAUUUACUGUCCAUUUUGCCUUUUGAGUAAAAUGAAAUACACUUGUUUUUAUUUCUUUUCUUUAUUUGGUACCAGCUUCAUAUUGCAUAAAAUGUGUUUAACUGCACACGUUUACAGUAACUCAACAAAGACACCUACUUUAACACACAUUUUGUAAGUGCAACUGUGUAAAGGACAAGGAGAAAUCUGUUGUCCACAUUAUGUGCAUUUCUACUGUCAGCAAUAAGUAUUUUUUAUAAUUUUGUAAUAAAUAAAACUUUUUACUUCAGGCACUAUCUUUCCUUACCAAAAUGUUUUAUAUGAUAUAGCUAUUAUAAAUGUUUACUUUUGUUAUAUCCAUUUGUAUGUGGAAAGUUAUAUUUAUAUAUCUGUAUCCUAGAUAUAAAUAGUGAGCAAUAUAUUUAUAUAGGUAAACUACAUAUUGGAUAAGGAAGAAUAUAUUUGAAAACAAAGGCACUGUUCCACAGGUUGUGUAGUCAGUGUUAAUGUUAAUAUUGUUUAGCUUGCCCAACAUGUUUGGUUUUUUUCUGUAUAAACUGUAACAUGCAUUUUUAUUCCCCCCAGACAUUAAAAGAAAUAAAAAAGAAGAA